AUGUCUCGCAAGAUCAUCACUGUUUACGGUGCCACUGGCAACCAGGGUGGAAGUGUAGUCAACUCACUUCUGGAGAACAAGUCUGGAGACUUCAAGAUCCGAGGCAUCACUAGAAACCCAGACUCUAAGAAGGCCAAGGCUCUUGCAGCUCGCGGUGUUGAAAUCGUCAAGGCUGAUGGGUUAAGAAGAGACCAGAUGCUUGCAGCAUUCCAAGGCACCUGGGCUGUCUUUCUCAAUACCAACUCUGUCGAUCCUGCCCUCCACCAGCCGGGCGGCAUCACUGAAAGUGACCACGGCAAGGAAGUUGUGGAUGCAGCUUUUGAAGCUGGAGCCGAGGUCUUGAUAUACAGUGGUUCUGCAUCUCCCGCCAAGAUCACCAAUGGUUCCAUCACCAGCGCCGGAAUGGACGAGAAAUACAUAGUUGCCGAAUACGCCAAGGCCAAGGGCUUCAAGAGUGCCGUCAAUGUUGGAACUGGUUGGUACAUGGAGAACCACUUCAACCCCGAAGUUGCUGUUCUUCUUGGUGGCUUGCCCUAUACAGAAGAUGAGGACGGCUACCUAACCUUGGCCAUGCCCAACUGGGGCGGAGAUAAUACGAUCCCCUUUGUCUCCAUCGGAGACGACUAUGGCGACAUUGUCCACGGAGUUCUUCUUGAUCCCGAGACCUAUAAUGGCCAGUUUGUGCAGGGUUUCAGCGAACUCGCCACGCCUGAAGAGCUUGUUGCUGCAGUCCAAAAGGCAUGCGGCAAGAAGUCCCGCUUCAACGAAGUCAAAGACUGGACAACCAUUGAGACCCAUGGAGAGCCGGAGAUUGAAACCGUCAAGAACCUUUUCGGAUUCGUGCAAUACACCGGUGGCCAGUUCUUUGGCGUCCCUAGCGACGUUGCACAGUCCAAGAAAUUAAAGGCCGCAGCAACUACUGCAAAGGGACGUCCCGCUUCCGAUGGUAAACUCACCACCGUUGAGCAGUUCGCCAAGAAGGCUCUGUCCGCUUAA